AUGGCUGCAAAUAAGCCCAAGGGUCAGAAUUCAUUGGCCUUACACAAAGUCAUCAUGGUGGGCAGUGGUGGUGUGGGCAAGUCCGCGCUGACUCUGCAGUUCAUGUACGAUGAGUUUGUGGAGGACUAUGAGCCCACCAAAGCAGACAGCUAUCGGAAGAAGGUUGUGCUGGAUGGGGAGGAAGUUCAGAUUGAUAUCUUAGAUACUGCUGGGCAGGAGGACUAUGCUGCAAUUAGAGACAACUACUUCCGAAGUGGAGAGGGUUUCCUGUGUGUCUUCUCUAUUACAGAAAUGGAAUCCUUUGCAGCAACAGCUGACUUCAGGGAGCAGAUUUUAAGAGUAAAAGAAGAUGAGAAUGUUCCGUUUUUGCUUGUUGGUAACAAGUCAGAUUUAGAAGAUAAAAGGCAGGUUUCUGUAGAAGAGGCAAAAUCCAGAGCCGAUCAAUGGAAUGUGAACUAUGUGGAAACAUCUGCUAAAACACGAGCUAAUGUUGACAAGGUAUUUUUUGACUUAAUGAGGGAAAUUCGAGCCAGAAAGAUGGAAGACAGCAAAGAAAAAAAUGGAAAAAAGAAGAGGAAAAGUUUAGCCAAGAGAAUCAGAGAAAGAUGCUGCAUUUUAUAA